AUGGACGCGCCCCCGGCGGCGCCCCGCCGCAUCCUCGGCCGGGCCCUGGCUCCCUUUCCCCGGGUCUGGGCCGCCGAGUCCGGAGCCUUGCUGGAGACUCCCAAGCGGCCCCCCAACGAGCCGGAAUCCGGAUGGGCCCGCCUCCGGGAGCUGUUUGUCAAAGAUGAACAACAGAGACUUUCCAGGGAACUUGAAUAUAUUCUUAAGGCAGCUGCUUCGGCAGGCAUCAUUGGCUGGGCGUAUGGAGGCAUACCAGCUUUUAUUCACGCAAAACGACGCUACGUUGAGCAAAGCCAAGCUGAAUUGUACCACAGUCGGUUUGAUGCUGUGCAAAGCGCCCAUCGUGCUGCCACACGAGGCUUCAUUCGCUAUGGCUGGCGCUGGAGCUGGAGGACAGGACUGUUUGUAACUAUAUUCAACACAGUGAACACUGGGCUAACUGUAUACCGUAAUAAAAGCUCUCUGAGCCAUUUUGUCAUUGCAGGAGCUGUCACAGGAGGUCUUUUCAGAAUAAAUUUAGGACUUCGAGGCCUGGUAGCUGGUGGUAUACUUGGAACCUUGUUGGGCUUGCCUAUGGGAAGCUUGUUGAUGGCACUUCAGAAGUACCAUGGUGAGACCGUUCAGGAGAGGAAAGAGAAGGACCGGAAGGCACUUCAUGAGCUGAAACUGGAGGAGUGGAAAACCAGACUGAAAGUCACUGAACUUCUCCCUGAAGAAAUUGAAAGCAGCUUACAGAAAAAUCAACCCGAGGAUGAUGUUAAGAAAAUUGAAACACUCCUCAGCCUUCCUAGAAACCCUUCAUCAUCAGCUGAGCAAAACAAGGACUGAACAUGCUUGACCUUCAAACUCAGAGUGCUACAGGGAGCCAUGUAUCUGGCAUUGCCAAAGCCAGGCCUCUGUCAGCCUCUGAUAGAUACGAGUUCUCACACAUGUGAUGGUGGUGACUUGCUCCUACCUUUAAAGAAAUCAAGAAUGGGGGUGGGUGUGUUGGUACACACCUUUAAUUCCAGCACUCAGGAGGCAGAAGUAGGAGGAUUGUCAUGAGUUCAAGGCCACCCUGAGACUACAUAGUGAA